UAGUCAUACUGGUAACCAUAGAUGCAUGCGGCAUGACGAGAUCUUUGACUCGGGCACCCAUCCUACUAGUAGAAGUAUCCAAAACACUGGGCGUCAAAUGCAUGAUGGAUGUAUUUCAGUGCUUUUUACCGAUUUGUUUUCAUCAGAGUCGCACUGCUUUCACCAUACAUUUCACAUCCUUGUGAUAUGAUAACUCGAUGACUUGGACAGAGAGGGAGGUGCGGAGACAGAUACCCUCCAUAAUCAUUGACUUAACUAAACCGAUGCACGUCCAACUCACGUGUUUGUAUUUGAUCGAGGGCCCCUGGAUGGUAAAUCAGUGCAGGAAUAGAUCCCGGCCGCUGUAACGCUCGUUGAGACAUAAAAGUGCUGGGUAGUGGAAUUUCUAUAUGACCCUAGUCUCAAAUGAUCCCGAAUUGUGGUAUUUGAUCGAUGCCAAUCGUGCUGGUAGCUAUGUAAUAGUUGCCGCUUCUGUUGGAGUGAUUUACGAUUCCAUAUUAACAUUACCACAAGAGGUCGAACUUGUCUGGAGACAACGCUGGUCGUUGAUGACUGUUCUGUACCUCGGUCUGCGCUAUAUUGGAAUAGUAUAUGCUAUCAUCAAUAUUCCGAUGAAUCUUCCGACAUUUCCGACAACAGAUACAGUGAGUUAUAUUAUGGUUUUCACGCUAUGCUGGAUCAUCGUGGCCGUACCUGCAAUACUUGGUGUCAUUAUGAUCGCGCGGCUACAUGCCAUGUAUCAGCAGUCCAGAAAGGUGUUGAUGUUUAUGAUCUUUAUAUUCCUGACUAUCAACAUCUCUGGCGCGGCGAUUGUCGCCAUGAUGUUGAGAAAAAUUUCAGUGGAGGAGGUCAUUCUAUUCGGCACAUACCAGUGCAAUAUUGAGCUCGGGGGAGAUCGCGUACUUUUAUGUCGCAUGUAUUCGAUGCUCAUAGCUAUAUGGGAGAUCCUGGCGCUGUGUCUUGCAGGUUGGGUUACUGCAAAACACUUCCGUGAACAGCGACGACAUUCAACAGGAGGGAUUAUCAAGGAUUGUUUCACAGUAUUGAUGAAAUCUCACUCUGUUUAUUUUGCGAGCUUUACUGUUGCUUUUUGCUCCUUGUUCGGUUAUUUGUCUCCGAGGGUCUCAGAACCCCCAUAUUCCCUGCGAGCGCAAAUUUAUUUUGGCGUUUUUCAAAUUUUUGUACUUGUGCAAUUAUUUGUGCUGGGACCACGCCUGAUCCUAAGCAUUCGAGAAUAUUAUGCUAAGCUCGUGGCCGACAGUGAUACAACGACCGAGAUGACUUCAAUUGCCUUCCAGGAGCGUGUGCAUGUGACAACCAGCAGUAGUGUGUAGCAAGGGAAGACAUGUCGGGUGCUCUACAGAGGGGGGAACAGAACAGGGACUUUUUGUUCGGGCUUCGCGGGACAAUGGCAGUGUGGUGACACCGAG